UUAGUAGUAAGGGACAGCCGUCUGAUCGAUGCUUCCUGCUUGAAGGAUACGCGGAGCUGCUGCCUCUCAUCAUCCAACAUGGCUGGCCAGGAAGAUCCCGUACAGAGAGAGAUUCAUCAAGAUUGGGCAAAUCGGGAGUACAUAGAAGUGAUUACAAGCAGCAUUAAGAAAAUUGCUGACUUCCUCAACUCGUUUGACAUGUCUUGUCGGUCUCGUCUGGCCACCCUCAACGAAAAGUUAACAGCUUUGGAGAGAAGGAUUGAAUAUAUAGAGGCCAGAGUGACCAAAGGAGAGACCCUGACCUAGAUCUCAUCAUGGGAAUUCAUGGGAAAACAUCUUCAAACUACUUCCCCACCCUCCACCCUAAAGCGUUUUGGACUAAAUGUGCUGGACUCCACCAUCCUUAUUGGGGGAUCAUGUGGACCAUUUUUUUAUAUUAUAUGGCUGAAAGUUUGUGUUGUUUUUCUCUCAUGACACAUUUGUAUACAAUAUAUGGGUCUGUUUGACACAAACAUCAUUAUUUGUUAAAAAAAAUUAAGCUCAAUUAAGUAUUGGUUUCAACAGAUCUUGGGGCUUAGUGAUGUUUUUCGCUGUAAGCAUUAUGUGUACAGUGUCAUUACCAAAUCAGAAAUUAAUCGAAAAAAAGGGGAACAUUCUUGUGUGCCAAGUUGAACAAAUAAUUGUGUAGUCACCUUAAUUGAAAACUUGCCUGUACAUUAACUGUUUAGUGUUGAUGAAACUUUAAAGACUGUAAUAAAUUAUGAACAGUU